AUGGGGAGCACCAGCAAGGCUGCCAGCUUGUGGAACCGGCGACAGAGUCUCUUCCCCAACUACAAAGUUGCAGAUUCGGAUCUGAAUCGAAGACCAUCGCAGACUGCUUACCCACUGGCCAAGGAAAGCUGCUUGAAGACAUGGAACUCCAUGCAGGAGCUGAGCAGAGACAUCUACGACAUAUACGCAGAGUACGAUGACGAGAAAGAGGACAACGCCCUGUACGGCUUCUCCAAGCAGUUUUCACCUUCCAAGAGGAACUACAUGAUCAACAUCAAUGUAGGGGGGAAGUCAUACCAGAUAGCCUACAAGAUGGCUGCCAAGUACCCCAAGACCAGAAUAGGACGACUGGCCACUUACACUGACCACAACAUGAAGCUGGACCUGUGCGAUGACUACAUUGUGAUCGACAACGAGUACUUCUUCGACAGGGACCCGGACGUCUUCCACAGCAUCUUCAACUUCUACAGGACUGGCGUGCUGUGGAUCAAGGACGAGCUGUGUCCCCGCAACUUCCUGGAGGAAAUCAACUACUGGGGUGUGAGGAUUAAGAACACCCAUCGCUGCUGCCGCAUCUCCUUUGAGGAGCGGCAGGACGAGCUGAACGAUCAGCUGAAGAUCCAGAGGGAGCUGGAGGCUGAGGUGGAGAUCGAGGAGAACGAGGAGCUGUUUCACGACAUGUGCAUGGGCCGGAUGCGUCGAGCCAUCUGGAACCUGAUGGAGAUGCCGUUUUCGUCUAUUCAGGCCAAGUUAAUGGCUCUGGCCUCCAGCCUGUUUGUCCUGAUCUCGCUGGUGGCCAUGACGCUCAACACAGUGGAGGAGAUGCAGUACAGAACUGCCAAAGGUCAGCUCAGUGGCAAGACAUACUGGGAAUAUGUGGAGUCCAUGUGCAUCGCCUUCUUCGCCAUGGAGUACCUGCUUCGUCUGGUGUCCACUCCUGACAUCAAGUCCUUCAGCAGGAGCGUGCUCAACACCGUGGACCUGGUCGCUAUCCUGCCCCAGUACCUGCAGGCCAUCCUGGAAUUCUUCGACAGCGAGGAAAACUACAUGAAGCACGAGGCCGACAUGCAGGCGAUGGGGCAGGUGGGGAAGCUGGGCCAAGUGCUGAGGAUCAUGAGGCUGAUGAGAAUCUUUCGCAUCUUGAAGCUGGCGCGACACUCCACGGGCCUGCGCGCGUUUGGCUUCACUCUGCGUCAGUGCUACCAGCAAGUGGGCUGCCUCUUCCUCUUCAUCGCCAUGGGCAUCUUCAGCUUCUCUGCCAUGGUUUACACUGUGGAGCAUGACAUGCCAAACACAAACUUCACCAGCAUUCCUCAUGCAUGGUGGUGGGCCGCUGUCAGCAUCUCCACUGUGGGCUACGGAGACGUCUACCCAGAGACCAUACUUGGUCGUAUCUUCGCCUUCGUCUGCAUCGCUUUUGGAAUCAUUCUCAACGGCCUGCCCAUAUCCAUCCUCUUCAACAAGUUCUCGGAUUAUUACGCUAAACUCAAGUCUAAUCAGUACACAGCCUCCUCGAAGAAUCGAGGGAGGGUGAGAUUUGCCAAUAGGACGGCGAUGAAGCUCAACCACUGGUUUGGAAGCAGCCAUCGUCCUGCUCACUGA